AUGGACGAGGAGGAUAUGGGGCAGCGGAGACAGGGCGAGCCGCGGCUGGUCCCUGCUGGUAUGCCUGAGCACUCGGCGCAGGAGCCGCGUGUGCAGCAAGGGGAGCCGGGACAGCCGCAGGAGCAGGGGAGUGCGGUGCAGCAGCAGCAGCCAGCGAGCUGCCAGGAGUCGGCGCACUGCUCAGAGCCGCGCGCAUCGCCGCGGCCAGCAUGCCAGGGAAUUCGUCGCGCAACUGCUGCACCUCGCUUGGCGCCUCACGCCCGCGACCGUGACCUCCCCACCAGCCACCGCGGCCUCCGCGAUGCGCAUUCCGGUACGAGGGUGAGGGGCGACGCCGAGGAGAACCUCGCCCCCGCUGCGCCGCCGCACUGCCUCCAGCAGCGCCGCGACUGCUUGACUCCGCGCGCUGCUGCGCAACGGGCUGAACCGGCGCAAACGCAGGAGCGACCUGCUGCGCGGGGCCGUGGGCGGCGCCCGCCGCUGUCCCCUGCGCAGGGACACCAGCAGCAGCCUGGACAGGUGGUGACGCCGCAGGCGGCUGCGGCGCUACAGGCGCGGACGCACCAGGGGCGAGAGCACCGAGAGGAGGUGGGAGGUUUGGCGGGGGAGCAGACGCCAUUAGGAUUGGGGCCGUCGGCGACGCAGCGGCGGCGGACGGAUCCAGGGGAGCAGUUGGAGCAGCAGGAGCCUGGACGGCAGGGGCAGCAGGACCGGGGGGUGGAGCAAGCACGCUCUCAGCGGUGUGCCCUUGGUCCACCACUGACCUCGCCGCUUCUGUCACCAUCGCAGCGAACGCGUCGGCAGCAGGCAUUGGAGGACGCACGACUGCGUCAGAGCGCGGGGGAAGGAAAUCGAGGAGGCCCACAGCUGGCCGCGGCCAGCGCGCGGUCGAGAGGAGGACGCGCCGGAGGUCGCGGGCGCGGCAGAGAGGACGAUCGCAACCCACGCCCGAAGCGCGUCAACGAAUUUCCACAUUACACCCACCCAGCCGCGACCCUCUCCACAGCGCCGAACCACCACUGCCAACCCCGCCACCGCUGCCAACCAGCCCGCCAUUCCAAACCUGACACCGGCACCUGCCACUGCACCACGUACGGUGGCGUUGGGUAA